AAUUACGUCAUGGGCGUUUUCACCGAAGAUCUAUUAUUGAUAGGUUGAUCUUAUUGGGUUCUUCAACUAGAUUUCUUCGGUGUUAUAUCCGAUCCUUUUUCUUUGCUGUUCUCAGAUUGUGAGUAGAAGCGAGUGGGAGGUGAUUUGCAUGGGUGACGAUGCCAGAAUUGCGUAGAGGAGCACGGAGAUCAAAACGUCUUGGUGAUCUCCAGGCCGCCAAUCAAGAAGAAAAUAUCGUUGCGUCUGCUCAAAAUAGACCGAGAGGGAGAGGAAGAGGUAGAGGCAAUGCAGCUGCUGUAGCAAAAGGGCCUACUAGGCCAACUGCUGCUGGUAGAGGCAGGGGUAUUAGGUUGAUAGAUUUAGACCCAGAGCCACCUUGGCAAGGGGAACCGGCUUUUAAUAGAGUUGAGGGCGUUGCAGAUAAGGAAAUUGCCAUUGAAGGUGGGAGUGGCAAUAAAGUAAUGGGAGUUGAAGAAGAACCGGGUUCAACUCCAGUGCCUGACAGGGUACAAGUGGGCAAUUCUCCGAUGUAUAAGACAGAAAGGAAAUUAGGUAAGGGUGGAUUUGGCCAAGUUUAUGUCGGUAGAAGGGUAAGUGGUGGCACGGAAAGAACAGGACCAGAUGCGAUCGAGGUUGCCAUAAAGUUUGAACACCGAAACAGUAAAGGUUGCAGUUAUGGCCCUCCAUAUGAGUGGCAGGUGUACAACACCCUCAAUGGGUGUUAUGGGGUUCCAUGGGUUCACUACAAGGGUAGCCAAGGAGAUUUCUACAUUCUGGUCAUGGACAUGCUAGGGCCCAGUCUUUGGGAUGUUUGGAAUUCAUUGGGCCAGUCUAUGUCUCCAAAUAUGGUAGCUUGCAUCGCCGUGGAGGCUAUCUCAAUUUUUGAAAAGCUCCACAUGAAAGGAUUUGUGCAUGGAGAUGUGAAGCCAGAGAACUUUUUACUUGGUUUACCUGGAUCAGCUGACGAGAAGAAGCUAUAUCUUAUUGAUCUUGGUUUGGCGUCUAGGUGGAAAGAUGCAUCAUCUGGCCAGCAUGUUGAGUAUGAUCAAAGGCCAGAUAUAUUUAGAGGCACAGUUAGGUAUGCAAGUGUGCAUGCACACUUAGGCCGAACAGGAAGUAGGAGGGAUGAUCUGGAGUCACUAGCAUACACACUGAUAUUUCUCAUAAAGGGAAGGUUGCCAUGGCAAGGCUAUCAGGGAGACAACAAGAGUUUUCUAGUCUGUAAAAAGAAAAUGACCACUUCUCCGGAAUUGAUGUGCUGCUUUUGCCCCACUCCAUUCAAACAGUUUCUUGAGGCUGUUACUAACAUGAAGUUUGACGAGGAGCCGAAUUAUUCUAAACUGAUAUCCUUUUUCGAGAGUCUGAUUGAACCAUGCACAUCACUGAGACCAAUAAGAAUAGACGGAGCUCUAAAGGUUGGGCAAAAGCGCGGGAGGUUGCUCAUUAACUUGGAAGAGGAUGAGCAGCCAAAGAAGAAACUACGACUGGGUAGUCCGGCUACUCAGUGGAUUUCAGUGUAUAAUGCACGACGCCCCAUGAAACAGAGGUACCACUACAACGUUGCAGAUUCGAGGCUCUGUCAACAUGUAGAGAAGGGUAAUGAAGAUGGAUUGUAUAUUAGCUGUGUGGCUUCGGCAGCAAAUCUUUGGGCCUUGAUCAUGGAUGCCGGAACAGGUUUCACUUCACAGGUGUAUGAGCUUUCAGCUGUUUUUCUUCAUAAGGAUUGGAUCAUGGAACAAUGGGAGAAAAACUAUUACAUCAGUUGUAUAGCUGGUGCAGCUAAUGGAAGUUCGUUGGUUGUUAUGUCUAAAGGGACUCCUUAUACCCAACAAUCAUAUAAAGUUAGCGAAUCAUUUCCGUUCAAGUGGAUUAGUAAAAAGUGGAAAGAAGGUUUCCAUGUGACAUCGAUGACUAGUGCUGGAAGUCGAUGGGGUGUUGUAAUGUCUAGAAAUUCUGGAUAUUCUGAACAGGUUGUGGAGGUUGACUUUGUGUACCCAAGUGAGGGAAUACAUAGGAGAUGGGAGAGUGGAUAUAGAAUAACAUCAAUGGCUGCAACUACGGAUCAAUCGGCAUUUGUACUGAGCAUACCCAGACGUAAAUUAAUGAUGGAUGAGGCUCAGGAGACUCUUCGCACUUCUGCAUUCCCAAGUAGCCAUGUUAAGGCCAAGUGGUCCAGGAAUCUCUACAUUGCAUCAAUGUGCCAUGGUCCGACUGUUUGCUGAAUGAAUUUCGCUCUUUAAUAAUUUAUUAUUUUGUUAUAUUUUGUGUUCAAUAAGAUGACAAUGAUGAUGGAUGGGGCUGAAAUAUGAAUCAAGAUUGGGUAUAAAUUAAAUUAGAUUUUAGUCUGUCCAAAGACACAAAUGUUUAAUGAAUUUUGGCAGGUUUUAUUUGUUAUCUUUUUCUGAA